AUGCCCGAUUAUCAAGACCGAUUGCGCACGACGAACAGGUCACCGAGCACACUGCAAGAACUGAAGCAAGAACUACGAGCAGAAUUUGAACCUGAAGACCUUCAAGACCGCCUUCGCGACCAGCUUUUUCGCUUGGAUAUCGCCCCAGAGGAAACCAUCAUCAAGACCGACGCGACCAUCGCCAAGGACAUUACGGACGCAACCAAGGUCAUCAAAAUCGCCGUUACCAGCCAACGCCAGGACCAAGACACGGUAGCUUUCAGCAACAGCCGCGCCUACGAGAAGAAGACGACAUGGAAGUCGAUAACGCCCAAAUGA